AUGACAGCAGCAAGUGAGAUGAAGCCAGAGAGCGUGACGCUGCAUCCUCUGGGCACAGCACCUGCCUCUGUGCCAGAGCUGCUGUGUAUCUUCGGGACGGGGGAUUUAGGGCGUUCUCUAGGCCUGCGUCUACUCCAGUCUGGCUAUAGGGUGGUAUACGGCAGCCGCAGACCUGACAGCUGUGGUCCCUUGCCUCAGGGAGCUCAGGUGAUGAGCCACGCAGCAGCAGCCCAGACAGCCAGUCUGAUCUUCAUUUGUGUUCAUAGAGAACACUAUGAGUUCUUGGAAACCAUUGCACAGCAUCUUCAAGGAAAGGUGCUGGUGGACCUCAGUAAUAACCUGAAGAAAAACAUAUACCCCGAAGCCAACGCCGCCUACCUGCAGAGACUGGUCCCUGGAGCUGCUGUGGUGAAAGGCCUUAACACACUUUCUGCCUGGGCCCUGCAGAAUGGACUUCUGGCAGGAAAACAGGUGUACCUGUGUGGGAACAGUGCAGAAGCAAAACAGGCAGUAGCGGAGAUGUCCACCAAGCUGGGCCUCACUGUUUUGGAUAGAGGGUCACUGUCAGCAGCCAGAGAGCUGGAGGACUUCCCCCUGCGACUGUUUCCAGAAUGGAGGCUGCCGCUACGUGUGGCCUUUGGCCUCAUGGCCUUCUUCUUCUUCUAUCUGCUCAUUAGAGAUGUCAUCUACGCGUAUGUUGAACAAAGGAAAGACAUCUCCUACAGAAUAAUGGUGUCCCUGGCCAACAAGGUGUUUCCAAUUGUGUCUCUUAUCAUGUUGUCUCUGUGCUACCUGCCUGGUGUUAUAGCUGCCUUCCUUCAGCUCUACAGAGGAACCAAAUACAGGCGCUUCCCAGAUUGGCUGGACCGAUGGAUGCUGUGCAGGAAGCAGAUGGGUCUGGUUGCACUGGGCUUAGCUUUUCUCCAUGCCAUCUAUACAUUCAUCAUUCCUAUUCGCUAUGCUGUCAGACACAAACUCAUCUCGCGCGUGGUGGAUGAGAUAGACAAUAAAACCACUCCGUUUGACUUUGAUAAGACAGAGGCAUGGGGAACAGACUCAUUCUAUGUGCUGGGAAUCCUGGGCUUCUUUCUUUAUGUCCUGCUUGGACUAACAUCGCUGCCGUCUGUGGGAGGCACUCUCAGCUGGAGAGAGUUCAGCUUCAUUCAGUCUAAGCUCGGUCACCUGACCCUGGGCAUAUGCACGGCACACGGCUACAUCUACGGCUGGAACAAAUUUCUUCGUCCCACUACCUACAAAUGGUACACUCCUCCGGGCUACAUGCUGUGUCUGAUUGUGCCGUCUGUGGUGCUGGUGCUCAAGGUGCUGCUUCUCCUCCCCUGCGUGGACAGAACUCUAACCCGCAUUCGUCAAGGCUGGGAGAGGACUCAGCCAAGGGAGGAGAAGUUUAUGAAUAAGUCCACCAACCUGUGAACUGUGACCUACCAACUCCUCAGUGUUGCUGAUUAUUGCGGGUUUCAAUAACUUAUUACUUUGACGGGGGAAAAAAUAUAUAGUUUAUUCUAGCCAAGAGGACAGGUCUCCACUGAUAUAAAUGUUUUUGCCUAUUUCCUUUAAGUAGAAAAAAACAGAUUUGAUGUUUGUGCCAUGUCUUUUCACAGAAUGUGGUGAAAAAUAGAUUGAUAUCCCCUCCUGAAAUCUAUUGUUUUGAUAAUCAUAGGCAACAGUUUUUGGUUUUCCUCUUUCCUCUCUCCCUUCAAGUUGUGUGAUUGUAUCCCUGAGGUUGCUCUCUUUUCAGGUUGUUAUUGAUCUCCUUGUUUUCUAACACCAUACCUUGUUGCCCAAACCUGCCUGCCUCUCAAGGGCAUGCAAGCGUGCACACUCACACACUCACUCUACACUUACAUAUGCACAUACACAAUGCAGAGGAGAGUAAGGUUGAGCUAAUUAUAUUACCACAUGCAGUGUCAAUGCACACAGAUGUACACAUACAAGUGCCAACACCAGAGUGUAACAGUGGAUCGCAGAUUUGGCAGCCAGAAGCAGACUGAGGAGGAAGAACAGGUGUGAUAAAAACCGUCUUUACUAGAUCUAAAACAGGGUUAGAGUCAGCAACAAAUUCAGGAGGCUAAACAAGGAGGCAGGACAGAAUGUAGGCUGUUCAACGAAGGCAACAUAAACAGUCUGGCAAUGACUGAGCUGCCCUGAUUACACAAUGAUAGCAGACAAGGAGCAGCUGGGUAGGCAGGUGACUUUAUCAGGUGGACGAGAAGAGGUGGAAAAGUCAAUAGUGACUGCUGGUGGACGGGUGCAGAAUGGUAGGUGUGGAACAAGAAGUUAUGUGUAUGUACAACACUAAUCAGAUGAUCCAGAGGCAGAAGAGGGAAGAGAGGAAGAUAGAGCAGAUAUCACCAUGACAGAGGCUGGUGUUACACCUUUUCCGCCCCUAAGCUCAACAUUUAGUCUGAGACAUCCUGUUAUCUAGCAUCUAAUGAUAUUAUCUGCACACAUAAUCUGCAAGCUCUUACACCCUCAUUCAUUGUAUUAUUCUCUUAUUACCAAAGAACUGCUGUUGAUUUUAGCCCAUUUCCUGCUGUUGGGGGUGAGUUGUACGCGUGUGUGUACUGAUGUAAAAAUGAGAUUCCAACAUUGCCGUGGGAAAGAAUUAAGAUGUACCAACAUACACAAAAGCUGUGAGACAAGCUAUCUUACGUUUAUCAUUUCCUCUCGUGUUUAAUUUCAUACACCCAGGCUACCCUGAAAUCCAUAAUAAGAUUAUGUGUGUCCAUCUAUGAAGGCUCACUUCUGUGUAUAUGAGCAGAAAUAAAUAGCUGAAAUCGUGGGUAAAGACAGAGAUCAUGGACCAGAUUUAAUAA